AACAGAUACAGACUGCACACGAUUUCUGCAUAUUGGCGACAGUGAGUCUGUCAGCGAACUCCACCAUCAUCCAAAACCAUUUCGAAAGCUUAUUUCUGUGCGAGCCCAUCCCUGUUCGGUCCCAAGGCUGACGAAUUGAAGGCAUCCCGAAAUCCUCACCAGUACAUCAUGGGAGACGAGCCUGCACCAUCAGGAGCUCCAAGUGAGCCGCAGUCGGGAUCUGCGAAGAACGAGCCUGCCUCAAACGCAGCUGCUGCAUCGAAUGCACCACCUGCAGCAUCAGCACAGGCACCCAAGAAGCCGGCAGACAAGGCAGCAAAGCCAACGGAUCUCAAGUCGCUGAAUGUGCGACAAUAUCUGGAGGCAACAGUCGUCCAAGUGCUGAUGAAGGGCAUGCAGGAGGUGGUCCGGCAACGGCCUGAUGACCCUCUGGAAUUCCUGGGCCAAUACUUGCUGAAGCACAACCCAAAGAAAUCGGCAGCUGCAGGUGCAGCAGCAGCCACAGCCUCAGCUGGAGCGCCAAAGUGAGAAGUUAGCGGUGUUUCUACAGAAGAAAGCACAGAAAGUGGAGACGUCUAAAGAUUGGCGGAAGGACAUGGGAGGACUCAUGAGACAGCACUUCAUUCUUCAUCUGUUGUUGUUCUUGUUGAGCCUAUGGGAAGAUCUCUGCUGGCACGGGCAGAGUCCACACCAAAAUAGCUGUUGCAUUGUGAGCAAGAAUGUCACACAACUGUGCAGCUGAAGGCUCCAGCUCAGGCUGAAGCACCAAAAUGCUGACAAAGUGUUGGGUGCUGAAAUAAUUGUCAUCCCGGAAAGUCUUUUUGGGAACCAACUGAAGGGUUGUAUGAUCAAACCGGCAGCACUGCAGGCACAGCAGUGCACUUUUGUAAGGUAUUCCACCUGAGAACUCAGAUCUGUACUGCGACAACUUGAAGCUGUUGAAAAUAGUGAUCAUCAAUGUAAUGUAAUUUGGUUUAUUUGGUU